AUGAAGGCUGCAAAGCUUAAGUAUUGGCUAAACCAACCUUCUUGUCCUCUCAUGUUUAGGGAGGUGAAGUCUCUAUUCAACAGACUCGUAUCUCCUUUAGUUGAUGCUGAUCCUAUUUCUGUGUCCAAAGAUCAUCCCCUUACACAACAAGGAUCCAUCUAUACCUGUGACUCCACCCAUGUAGGCAACAGCCUCAUCCUCUAUUAUCAUGGCAGUAUCAGGAAUGUGCCCCCAACACCAGGGAUCAUCAAGUACAUUUUUGGGAUGGAGCGAGUAGUGGGCUUUGCCAUAUGCCAUUACCUCCCUUUGCAUUCUCACCCCAAUCCUUUCAGACACUAUCCUUACUUUCCAGCUUGUUUAUAUUCUACAGUGCUUGUCAAUCAUCUCAAAACUGGCAAGCCUGAGUGGGUGGUAUCACACUUUGCAUGA